AUGGGUUCUGGAUGGAGAAGGACGUUUUGCACAACCAGCAACAUGCCCCAAAACACCCACCCACUGCCAUCACCAUUACCAGAAAACCAAUCUCAUUAUCCAACUCCCAAAAACACUUCCACUUUCUCACUUUUCUCCACUCCUCCAUCAAUUCCACACUCCGAGUCUCGCCCCACCCUCCGUUGCCGAACCAAUUCACCACUCUCCAAACACCAAUGCAACAACAACGACAACAACCGCGCUACAACACCCUCUCCCACCAAACGCAACACCCCCACGUCGUUUCACCUCUCCGCUCCCUCUUCCCCCAACUUCUCUCUUCUCAAACCCUCCUUACGCAAAAGCUCAUGCGGAAUCUGCGCGCAGAGUGUCAAAACUGGCCAAGGAAAAGCAAUUUUCACUGCGGAGUGCUCUCACGUCUUUCACUUCCCAUGCAUAGCUGCUCACGUCAAAAAACACCGAAUCCACACGUGCCCCGUCUGCAACGCUAACUGGAAACAACUUCAAACUGCGGAUGAAAACAAACCACACCACAUCAAAACAACCAAGUCGUUCAAGCUACCCAACUACAACGACGACGAGCCACUCAUGUCGCCCACUUCGGUCUCGCGUUUCAACCCCAUACCUGAAUCCAACGAGAACGAAGAAGAAGGAGAGGAAGAGCAAAACGACGAACCAUUAAGUUUUGAUGUGUCUUCGUCGCUCAAAACAAGAAACAUCGAGGUCAGCUUCGCUCCAGAGGCUGCGAUUGUGGCAUCCAAUUGGAGCUCCCAGACGUAUGUUGCGCUGUUCAAGGUGAUGGCUUCGCCGCGUAACGAGGUGGCGAAUCGACCGCCGGUGGACCUCGUCACAGUGCUAGACGUUGGAAACACUGUCUCGGGUAAAGAGCUUCGGAUGCUGAAACGUUCGAUGGAAGUCGUGAUCUCCUUGCUCGGCUCCGCCGACCGUCUCUCCAUCGUCGCAUUCUCUGGUGGCUCCAAAAGGCUGUUUCCGCUGCGGAGGAUGACAGGCCGCGGUCAGACAGCGGUGCGGCGAGUAGUCGACGCGCUUGCCGCCGUCGAGCUCCACUGCGACGGAACCCCGACGAUAAACGACGCGCUGAAGAAAGCCGCGAAGGUUCUAGAAGAUCGAAGGCAGAAGAACACCGUUGCCAAAAUCAUUCUCCUCACAAACGGCCACGAGGAUCAGCGGUUAUCCACCACGCGCUUCGAGGUGCAUUCCCUCAUAUACUCUCACGAUGGCGCGUGUGCCGACGCGCAGCAUGACACUAAUUUGGCGACACGCGUGGGGAAUUUUUUAAGUGUGGUUGCACAAGACUUCAAACUUGAAGUAAAACUCGCGUCGCGCUCGGCCCCGGCGGAGAUUACUACCGUGUAUUCUAUGGGCAAGGAUUGCACCGAUGCUCUAUCACCUGAUUCCGUCGCGCUCGGCGAUCUCUACGCGGCGGAGGAGAGAGAACUGCUAGUGGAGAUAAAAGUGCCAGCUGGCACUACUUCCCGUGGGUCCCACCAUCGUUUUAUAUCCGUACGGUAUUCACACCGUGACCCCUUCACUCAAGAGCUUGUGAAUUCCAAGGAGCGUGAGUUAAUCGUUCCGCGACCCCACGCGGUUCGAUCGUGCGAUCCGAGGAUCGAGCGGUUGAGGCGUUGCCACGUGAGCUCUCGCGCCGUAGCCGAGUCGAGACGGCUGGUGGCUCGCAACGAUGUGUCUGGCGCGCUUCAUUUGCUAUCAUCGGCUCGAGCCUCUGUGAGCCGAGAACAGGGUGAUGAGUGUUUGAGGUGGCUCGAAGCCGAACAAAGCGAGCUGAGAAGCCAAAAGUUAAGAUGUGGUAAUAAUUGCUUGGAGGAAAAGGGGGAGCCGCUUACGCCGAUGUCGGCUUGGAGAGUAGCUGAGAGACUGGCUAAAGUGGCUAUUAUGAGAAAGUCCAUGAACAGAGUCAGUGACUUACAUGGCUUCGAGGAUGCCAGAUUUUAA